AGUGUAGUCGAGCCAUAUGCCAUAGCAAACCUAGUAGCUUACUUUAAAGAAGGCCAAACAGAGAUUCCAAAAAGUGACGCUUGCUUUUACGCUGGGACAGUUCUCUUUCUCAACGUGACCUCUUGCAUCUAUUGGCACAACUAUGAAAUAUACGUCAGGCAACUUAGCAUUGAACUGAAGACUUCAUUUUCAUCACUGUUGUACAGAAAAUGUCUGAAGUUGACUCCUUCAGCAAUUGCCGAUAUCACACUUGGGAACAUUGUUACAUUGAUCACCAAAGAUGUGGAAACGUUUCAGCAGUCUAUCUGGAUGAUCAAUGACUCAUGGAAUGGGAUAGUUCAAACGUUCAUAAUUUGUUAUUUAUUGUGCUCCAAGAUAGGGGCCGUUUCAUUUUUGGGUGUUGGUAUACUUUUGAGUGCAAUCCCGAUUCAAGUUUUGAUUGGAAAGUACUUAAGUAAACUAAGACUCAAGACUGGGAGGAAGUCAGAUGAAAGAUUGCAAGUAACUCAAGAGACUUUGUCAACCAUUCGUAUUAUCAAAAUGUAUACUUGGGAGAAGUUUUUCAUGAACAAAAUCAUGGAUGCCAGAAAGAAAGAGGUCAACACAAUGUUAUGGGGUUCAUUUCUCAAAUUAGUUCUCAUCAUUGUUGGAGUUCUGUUUUCAAAGCUAGGUUUCUAUGCCCUCAUAAUGUCAUACGUGUGGUUAGGUUAUACUAACACUGACACCGAGCUAGUGUAUUAUAUUUUGAUGAUAUUCAAAGAUUUGGAAUAUAACAUAGGCGUUUGUAUUCCAUGGGGAAUGGGCAAGAUGGCCGACUGCUACUCGGCGUUGUUGAGAAUAAACAAAGUGAUAUCAGCCGAAGAACUACAUCCCGUCAUGCACACGUACUCAAAGGAAACAAAGCCAUAUAUCGAACUAAAAGAAGGCUCUGUCCGGAUUGGAAACCAAGAUGUACUAAAAGAUAUAAGCUUGAACAUAAAAUCUGGCCUGGUACUGGUGACAGGAACUGUGGGUUCUGGCAAGAGCUCUCUCUUGAAAGCAAUCCUGCAGGAUUACCCUUUAACUAGUGGAAAACUGAAAACGGAGGGCAGGAUUUCUUAUGCUUCACAGGACCCUUGGCUUUUUCCCUCUUCAAUAAGACAGAAUAUUUUGUUUGGUCAAAAGUAUGAAGAGAAAAAGUAUCAAGAGGUUAUCAGAGCUUGUGCUUUAGAAUUUGACUUCAAUUUACUGGAUAAAGGAGACCAGACUAUAGUUACCGACAGGGGUUUGAAUCUUAGCAAAGGGCAGCAAGCUAGAGUCAACCUAGCAAGGGCUGUAUAUAAGGAUAGCGAGAUAUACCUUUUAGAUGAUUCACUCACAGCUUUAGAUGGCCAUGUACAAGACUACAUUUUCAAUGAGUGUGUUAAGGGUUAUUUGAAGGAUAAAAUAGUACUGCUGGUCACACAAACAGCUAACCAUAUCCAACAAGCUGACACAGUGGUGAUAAUGAGUGAAGGAAAAAUAUUGUCUUGUGGCAAGCCAGACGAGAAAUUGAUAGAAGAAGUCAAUAAAUUAGUAUCCAAGGACGAUGAUUUGGAGAAAGAGGGUGUGAAAGAGAAAUCUGUAGAACCGGACGAGGUAAAUUUGCAGCCUGAUGUGAUUUUUCAGGUUGACCUAAAGCCUAUCAAAAAUAGUUUCAAUAGACAUUUUGUAGUAUAAUAUUUCUAUUCCCAAUUGAAAUCUAUGAAAGAAGAGGGCAGUCGUUACAAUUGUGGAGCCUUGUAUAAAUAGAAGUUAUGACAAAGCAUAAAAUAGCUAAACUGUCUUUUGCAGGCUUUGUAUAAGAACUCUACAAUGAACCAACUGUUUCGAGACCUUGACUUCAAUAAUCAUGUGAAACAUUGAAAACGAGUAUUUUGCGUUUAGACGCUCAACGUGUUGCUCUUAUGUCUUGGUACCAGUGCUGUGCGAGUGGUACAUCAUUUUUUUUAUAGCGGAGCAGCCGGGUAGGCAGAAGUCCAAAUACCCGGGUACCACGGCUGGUAUGAGGAGCUUAAAGAAACUUUGUUAAUCCGACUUUAGAGCAGCCUAAAGUUAGGAAAAGCGUGCUCAGGCAGAUUGUUCCACAAUCUAGAUACCCCAAGGACAAAGGAGCGGUCUUAUCGACCAGUUCUGGAUGUAAGAAGUUCAAGCCGGUUAUGGGAGGCCGAAGUCACGUGAGUCUGUCUAACGGGCACAUCACACGGCGACAUCAUGGAGGGGAGCUCUGAGGAACAACGCCCGUUGACAUAGCGGUAGAAGAGAGAUAGAUCGCCGACGACCCGUCGGUGUGAAAGGGUCCCAAAGCUGCUCCCUAAAUGGCGAAAUGGCAUUUUGGGGACUAUUUUAGUCAGAUAAAGUUGAAUAAUGCUGUGAAAGAGGAUGGAGAAGAAAAGUCCUUAUUGGAGUGUGAACAAACAACAAAGAAAAAAGUAUAUUUUGAAGUGAAGAAAAAAGGGGAAGUCAAAUAUAGUACUUACAAAAAAUACAUCAUGUUUGGUGGUGGCUUCCUAAUGCUACUAAUGAAUUUAGCACUUGCUGGUUUGAUGCAAGGGACUGAAAGCUAUUCAGAACAGCUGCUUUCCAAAUGGGUGGACGAAAAACAGGAGGUAAUUUUGCUUCUGACCAACAUCAGCAUGUCCGAUGGCACGACUACAACUCAGGCACCGAUUCUGGAAUUGGAGGAAGCAACCACUAAAGAACAAUGGACCAUCAAGCUAUGUUCCAUUAUGAUGCUAGCAUCGACAGUUCUCUCGCUCAUCAAGAUCUAUACUUUGUUCGAUUUCUGUCGGAGAGCGUCUAUCAAUAUUCACAAGUCGAUGAUUCGCUGCAUUUUGAGUGCUAUCAUGUCAUUCUUUGACACCCACUUCAUCGGAAAUGUGCUGAAUAGGUUUUCACAGGAUUUGAACAAUAUCGAUGAAAUUUUGCCGUUCACUUUUAUUGAGUUUACAAGGGUACUCUUUGCAGUGAGUGGUAUCAUAGCUUUACUGGCGACAGUCAAUAUUUAUUUCCUUAUCACUUCGUUUAUUCUUUUUGGCAUAUUGGCAUUUUUAAGAAAACUGUACCUGCCUACAGGACGAAGUUUGAAAAGACUGGAGGCUGCUACACGAAGUCCCAUGAUAGGACACCUGAACGCUUCUUUGGAAGGUUUAACCACAAUACGAGCUUACAAAGCACAACAAAUUUUAACCGAUGAGUUCGACAGACAUCAGGAUCUAUAUACGUCUGCCUAUUUUACAUCGUUAUGCACAUCUAAGGCAUUUGGUUUUUUCAUGGAUUCUAUGUGCUCAAUAUUCAUCGCUGGGGUGGUGUUGACUUUCAUUGUUAUGGACAAAGGAUAUACUGCGGGUGAUGUAGGUCUAGCAAUCACCCAAGUGAUAAACCUGGCUGAUGAUGUUCAGUGGGGAGUAAGACAAUGGGCAGAAAUCGAAAAUCUGAUGACAUCAGUGGAAAGAUUGGUUGAGUAUACGGAAAUCAAAACUGAAACCUCUGGAGGAGCCGUGGUUUCUGAAUGGCCGAGCAAGGGUGCUAUUACAUACGACAAAGUGCAUCUCAGUUACACCAAAAAUGAUACAGUUCUCAAAGACAUCAGCUUCGUCGUGAAACCGAAAGAAAAAAUCGGAAUUGUUGGCAGGACGGGAGCUGGGAAAUCUUCUGUCAUAUCGACGCUUUUCAGGCUUUAUGAAGCAGAUGGGAAGAUUCUAGUUGAUGGCGUGGACAUAAAAACGUUGUCUUUGAAGUUUCUCCGACAGAAAAUUGCUAUUAUUCCUCAAGAUCCAGUGAUGUUUUCUGGCACUGUACGGACAAAUCUUGAUCCGUUCGGAGAGUAUUCAGACAAGGAGCUGUGGGACGCUCUGGAUAAGGUUAGCUUGAAAAGUAUCAUCACAAACCUGGAAACCAAGACAACAAGUCAUGCUUCAGGAUUUAGUUCUGGGCAGAAGCAGCUAAUGUGUUUGGCUAGAGCCAUUUUGAGGAGGACGAAGAUAGUUAUUUUGGACGAGGCUACAGCCAACAUGGAUCCUGAAACAGAUGCUUUGUUGCACAAAACAAUACAAGAAAAUUUCAAAGAUUGCACAGUGGUGACAAUCGCCCACAGAAUGCACUCCAUAUUGGAUUGCGACAAGGUGAUGGUGCUUGACAGAGGACGCAUCAAAGAGUACGACUGUACCUCAAAACUAUUAGCAAACUCUAGAGGAGAAUUUUACAAGAUGGUUGAGAAAGCCGGUUUGCUCGAUUAUUUGAAAUAACGUUUUGUAUAUAUUAGUCUAAAUAAAGUAUUUAUAAAUCGAA